AUGGAUUACUACAAAGGGAAUCUGGCAGUGAUGCAGGCAAAUGCUACAAGCCACAAGAACCCAUUUUCAUAUCCGUACAGAGAGGAUCCGCAUCCGGCUUUCUGGGGAAAGAUUAAUUCACAAGCAAACUUUUGCGAAGAGGAUUACAUCGUCACGAAGUAUUUCGCAGAGUUCAUUAAUACCUUGACGAAUCUUGGUUACAUAUACUACGCCUACUAUGGCAUCAAGGGAAAUUCAAAUCGCGCCGAUGCGAUAUUGAGGAAUCUUCCGUAUUUAGGCCUCGCCUCUGUUGGCAUUGGUUCGGGCAUUUUCCAUGCCACUCUGAAGGAUUACACGCAAUGGGGAGAUGACCUUUCGAUGCUUUUCGCAACAGCCACCGUCUUGCAUCGACUUCUUACUUUUGAUAAACCUCUCGCUACUACUAUCUACUACGGUUUAGCUAUCACUACUAUUGUCGGCGCCUUCAGUAUCUGGCAUUGCGUCACAAAUGAGCUGAUUAUGCAUUCGAUUGUAUUCGCAAUCAUGUUAUUAAUGGUGUCCCGUAAAACCUCCUCUAUCGUCAACGCACGGGUCUCAGAUCCAGGCGUGCGGAAGGACGUGAGAAGGCUUAGCAUAUGGGGCUUCAUGUGUUUCGCAAGCGGGUUUGCCCUCUGGAACAUCGACAUAGCGACCUGCAAGACUCUCACCAACGCAAAGCGAUCAAUCGGCAUGCCAUGGUCCUUCAUCCUUGAGCUACAUGGCUGGUGGCAUCUACUCACUGGUUUGGGUGCCUAUAUCUUCAUGGCUCUUGUAGAGUAUCUCACCUCGGAAGAAGCCGGCCAACCAUUAGGGAGUCGCUUUGCAUGGCCGGCCGGGUAUUUUAUUUCGCCGCAAAGAAACCCCCUCUUAAAGAGUGCGGGGAUAAAGCUCAAGAAGACUAUUUAG